AUGGCUCCUCUUCCCAUCAAGUUUACGGAGCUACUACAGUUAACCAACGCAGAGAUCGAGCCAUCCUCGAUUGGGUUCAAUUCAUGUACUCUCGAAUCCGAUCACUACAUCUGCGUGCGACAAAAAACCAACGAUACCGAUAAGCCUCAGGUUAUUAUCAUCAAUCUCAAAAAUAACAAUGAGAUUAUCAAGCGCCCUAUCAAUGCAGACAGUGCAAUCAUGCACUGGUCUCGCAACGUGAUAGCAUUAAAGGCACAAUCGAGAACCAUUCAAAUUUUCGACCUCGAGGCAAAACAGAAACUCAAAUCUGCCUUGAUGAGCGAGGACGUCGUUUACUGGAAAUGGUUCAGUAGUACGAGCCUUGGCCUGGUAACAGACACGUCUGUCUGGCACUGGGACGUCUUUGACCCGAACCAACCCAAUCCAGUGAAACAAUUCGACAGGCUUCCGAACUUGAAUGGUUGCCAAAUCAUCAAUUACCGGGUGAAUGGUGACGGAAAAUGGAGCGUCGUUGUGGGAAUCAGCCAGCAACAAGGACGCGUUGUUGGAUCCAUGCAGCUUUACUCUCGCGAACGCGGCAUUUCACAGUCAAUUGAAGGCCAUGCCGCAGCUUUUGCUUCGAUCAAGGCGGAGGGCUCUCCUGUGGAGCACAAGCUCUUCACCUUCGCAGUGCGAACACAAACAGGUGCUAAACUGCAAAUCGCAGAAAUUGACCACCAGGAACCAAAUCCACGCUUUCAAAAGAAGGCUGUUGAGGUAUUCUUCCCUGCUGAAGCCACUAAUGAUUUUCCCGUCGCCAUGCAAGUCUCUAGCAAGUACGACAUUGUUUACCUUGUUACCAAAUAUGGUUUCAUUCAUUUGUAUGACCUGGAAACUGGCACAUGCAUCUUCAUGAACCGAAUCUCAAGUGAAACCAUCUUCACGACAGCUGCCGACUCCGAUUCAACGGGUCUUGUGGGUGUGAACCGCAAGGGACAAGUAUUGUCUGUCAGUCUGGAUGAGAAUACUGUCAUUCCAUAUUUAAUGGAGAACCCAGCCAUGUCAGGUCUUGCUGUCAAGCUUGCAUCUAAGGCCGGUCUGCCCGGUGCUGAUCACCUGUACCAACAGCAAUUCGACAACUUGCUGGCUCAAGGCAACUACACGGAGGCAGCCAAGAUUGCUGCUAACUCUCCUCGCGGCUUCCUACGUACCCCGGAAACGAUCAAUCGCUUCAAGAGUGCUCCUCAGGGUGGUCAACAAAUGUCCGUUAUCCUUCAGUACUUUGGUAUGCUCCUUGACAAGGGAAGUCUCAAUCGACAUGAGAGCUUAGAGCUCGUAAGACCCGUUCUACAGCAAAAUCGAAAGCAUUUAUUAGAGAAAUGGAUGCGCGAGGAGAAGCUGGAGGCUUCAGAAGAGCUUGGAGACCUUGUGCGCCCACAUGAUAUGAGCUUGGCGUUGCAAAUUUACUUGCAGGCCAAUGUCCCACACAAGGUAGUCGCAGGAUUUGCUGAAACCGGCCAGUUCGAUAAAAUUCUACCAUACUCCAAGCAAGCCGGCUACCAGCCUGACUUCACUCAAUUACUACAACACAUUGUUCGUAUGAACCCUGAAAAGGGUGCCGAAUUUGCUGCACAGCUCGCCAACGAAGAAACCGGUGCCCUCGUCGACCUUGACCGUGUUGUGGAUGUUUUCCUUUCUCAAAACAUGAUCCAGCAGGCAACUUCAUUUUUGUUGGAUGCGUUGAAAGACAACAAACCAGAACAGGGGCACCUCCAAACUCGCUUGCUUGAAAUGAACCUCAUCAACGCCCCUCAGGUUGCAGAUGCCAUUCUUGGAAACGAAAUGUUUACUCAUUAUGACAAGGCUAGAAUUUCACAACUUUGUGAGAAUGCAGGGCUCAUUCAGCGUGCUCUUGAGAACACGGAUGACCCGGCCGCUAUCAAGCGCAACCUCGUUCGCACAGAUAAGCUUAACCCAGAGUGGCUGAUCAAAUACUUCGGUCAUCUCUCCCAAGAGCAGGCUCUUGAAUGUCUAGAUGAGAUGCUUCAAUCCAACAUUCGCCAGAACCUGCAGGCUGUUGUACAAAUCGCAACCAAGUUUUCCGAUCUCCUAGGCUCAAAUCGCCUAAUUGAGCUUUUCGAGAAGUACCGCACUGCCGAAGGUCUCUAUUACUACUUGGGAAGCAUUGUCAAUUUGAGCGAAGAUUCGGAGGUGCAUUUCAAGUAUAUUGAAGCUGCUACCGCCAUGGGCCAAUUGACUGAAGUCGAGCGCAUCUGCCGUGAGAGCAAUUACUACAACCCAGAGAAGGUGAAGAACUUCUUGAAGGAGGCAAACCUCACAGAGCAACUUCCAUUGAUUAUUGUCUGUGACCGAUUCAACUUCAUCCAUGACUUGGUCCUGUACCUCUACCGCAACCAGCAGUACAAGUCGAUUGAAGUCUAUGUCCAGCGAGUUAACCCUUCUCGUUCCCCCGCUGUUAUUGGCGGCCUCUUGGAUGUUGACUGUGACGAAGGAAUCAUCAAGAACUUGCUUUCUACAGUGGAUCCUUCUCAGAUCCCUAUCGAUGAACUUGUUCAGGAGGUGGAGUCUAGGAAUCGCCUUAAACUCUUGCUGCCUUUCUUGGAAAGCACACUAGCGACCGGAAACCAACAGCAGGCAGUGUACAAUGCGUUAGCCAAGAUUUACAUUGACAGCAACAACAACCCAGAAAAGUUCCUUAAGGAGAACGAUAUGUACGACACAUUGACUGUCGGUAAAUACUGCGAGAAACGAGAUCCCAAUUUGGCAUACAUUGCUUAUAGCAAGGGACAAAAUGACCUCGAGCUCAUCAACAUCACCAACGAAAACGCGAUGUAUCGUGCUCAGGCCCGUUACCUUUUGGAGCGGGCAGAUAGCGAAAUCUGGGCUUUCGUCCUCAACGAUAAUAACAUUCACCGUCGCUCUGUCGUUGACCAGGUCACUGCUACUGCUGUCCCUGAAUCCUCAGAGCCAGACAAAGUGUCCGUGGCUGUCAAGGCAUUCCUCGAUGCUGAUCUGCCUGCUGAGCUUAUUGAGCUACUUGAAAAGAUUAUUCUUGAGCCUUCACCUUUCAGCGACAACGGUAGCCUGCAGAAUCUUCUUAUGUUGACCGCCGCCAAGGCUGACAAGAGCCGCUUGAUUGACUAUAUCCACAAACUUAACGAGUUUAAUGCUGAUGAUAUUGCCCAAAUGUGUAUUUCCGUCGGCCUAUACGAAGAAGCCUUCGAGAUCUACAAGAAAGUCAGUAAUCAUGCUGCUGCUACCGACGUUUUGGUCGAAAACAUCGUCAGCAUCGACCGAGCUCAGGAGUACGCUGAACGUGUUGAGCUUCCAGAAGUUUGGAGCAAAGUCGCAAAGGCUCAAUUGGACGGUCUUCGGGUCACUGACUCUAUCGAAUCUUAUAUCCGCGCCAAUGAUCCCUCCAACUACAACGAGGUCAUUGAAACUGCUACCCAUGCUGGUAAAGACGAAGACCUUGUCAAAUAUCUGAGAAUGGCCCGAAAGACAUUGCGUGAGCCGGCUAUAGACACUGCCCUCGCAUUCAGCUUCGCUCGUCUCGACCAGCUCCCUGAGCUUGAAGAUUUCUUGCGUGCCACUAACGUUGCCAAUAUCGAGGCAUCUGGUGACAAAGCGUACGAAGAGGGAUUCCAUGAGGCAGCCAAGAUUUUCUAUACAAGUAUCUCGAACUGGGCCAAGUUGGCAACUACUCUCGUGCAUCUGGAGGAUUAUCAAGCUGCGGUUGAGUGUGCUCGCAAGGCUAACAGCGUCAAGGUUUGGAAGCAAGUCAACGAGGCAUGUGUUAACAAGAAGGAGUUUCGUCUUGCUCAAAUUUGCGGUCUGAAUCUUAUUGUUCACGCUGAAGAACUCACGGAUCUCGUCCGACAAUAUGAACGUAACGGAUACUUUGAUGAACUUAUUUCCCUCCUCGAAGCCGGUCUUGGCUUGGAGCGCGCACAUAUGGGCAUGUUCACAGAGUUGGGCAUUGCUCUUUCCAAAUAUCAUCCCGACCGUGUCAUGGAACAUCUUAAGCUGUUCUGGUCCCGUAUCAACAUUCCUAAAAUGAUUCGCGCUUCUGAAGAGGCCAAUUUGUGGCCUGAAUUGGUGUUCCUUUACUGUCACUACGAUGAGUGGGAUAAUGCUGCGCUUGCUAUGAUGGAACGUGCAGCCGAAGCCUGGGAACAUCAUUCUUUCAAGGACAUCAUUGUCAAGGUCGCCAACCUGGAAAUCUACUACCGUGCCCUCAACUUUUAUCUCCAGGAACAGCCUCUGUUACUUACCGACCUUCUCCAGGUCUUGACUCCACGUAUUGACGUCAGCCGUGUUGUUCGCAUUUUCCAAUCAUCGGAUAACAUUCCUCUUAUCAAGCCCUUCUUGCUCAAUGUUCAGGGACAAAACAAGCGUGCUGUCAAUGAUGCCAUCAACGACUUGCUCAUUGAGGAAGAAGAUUACAAGACCCUUCGCGAUUCAUCGGAUAACUACGACAAUUACGACCCUGUUGAAUUAGCGCAGCGGUUAGAGAAACAUGACUUGGUUUUCUUCCGUCAGAUCGCUGCCAACAUCUAUCGUAAGAACAAGCGAUGGGAGAAAUCAAUUGCUCUUUCAAAGCAAGACAAGCUCUUCAAAGAUGCUAUUGAGACCGCUGCGAUUUCAGGAAAACCGGAGGUUGUGGAGGAUUUGCUACGCUACUUCGUCGAAAUUGGUAGCCGUGAAUGCUAUGUCGGUAUGCUAUACGCGUGCUAUGACAUCAUUCGCCCAGAUGUCAUCUUGGAGAUUUCCUGGCGCCAUGGCCUGAACGACUUCACGAUGCCAUAUCUCAUCAACAUGAUGGCUCAGCAGACAAUCACCAUCGAACAGCUCAAGAAGGACAACGAGGAACGCAAGUCGCGCGAGACGGUUCAUCAAAAGGAGGAGAACAACACUCCUAUCCUGGGAUCACGAUUGAUGCUUACCCAGGGCCCAGCGUCGACACCUGGUCCUUCUCCCUUCCAACAAACCAAUGGAAUCACACCACAAGUGACUGGAUACCGUGCAUUUUAA